UGUCAUGCCCCUGGGUGACCCAGUCAUUCAGCCGGUCUUGUAUUCUCUCGUCCUGUCGCAUUUUUUUCCUUUCCUUUCCUUUCCUUUCCUUUCCUUUCCUCUGCAUUCCUUUCCGGUGUGAAUGGGAUACCACUGAGUUAUCAUUGGUUACUGCCGAAAAGACACACUCACUCACUUUCUCUCCAAAGUUUUAACAGGGGAUGGAGAGUUUAAUUCUAGAAUUCCCACGAUCCUGAUUUUAAAAGAGGAUUUCGACGGGGAACUAUAAAAAAGAAGAUCCCCAUUUCGCACAAAGUGAUCGAAAAGAGGAGAAGGGACCGGAUCAACCGCUGUCUAAACGAGCUGGGGAAAACCGUGCCCAUGGCUUUGGCCAAACAGAGUUCCGGCAAGCUAGAGAAAGCGGAGAUCCUGGAGAUGACGGUGCAAUACCUGAGGGCCCUUCACUCUGCGGAUUUCCCUCGGGGAAGAGAAAAGGCAGAACUUCUAGCUGAGUUUGCCAACUACUUCUAUUAUGGCUAUCAUGAAUGCAUGAAGAAUCUAGUUCAUUACCUGACCACAGUGGAGAGGAUGGAGACCAAAGAUACCAAGUAUGCCCGGAUCCUGGCUUUCUUGCAAUCCAAAGCUCACUUUAUCACGGAACCUCUCUUUACUUCACUGGGAUCUCUUCCAGAGCCAGACUUCUCCUACCAGCUUCCCCCAGCUCCAGACUGCUUGGGUCAAGGCACUAAUGACCCUGUUUUCUCACAGGGGUCUGGGUAUGGCCACUUCUCCUGGCAUGGCUCCACCAGAAAUCCCACCAUUCCUUACAUUCCCAAUACUACUAUGCCCCUCACCAGUCCAGGACAGCAGCGCAACACUUUCUUGCCAUCAGUACAAGGUCUGGACCGCCACUACCUUAACCUGAUUGGCCAUUCCCACCCCAACACGUUUAGCCUGCCUCCUGGCCAACAUCCAUCUGUGUUGUAGCCUACAUCUCAGAUGUUCACUUUGUUAUCCAAAGAGGGCUCCCAUAUCUUUCAUGGCUGAACAGAGGAUUGAAUGGCUUCUUCUGACAUGUUAUUCCUGAAGGCAAAGAACAUCUUUAAGCCCAUUAGUUAUCUGAAGAGAAUAUAUUACCUUGCACCACAAAGGUCCUCCCAUAACUGUAAACAGACAUGUAACUAAUGGUGGGGAAAGAAUAAAUUACUGGGGGAAG